AAGAUAUCUUUGAUCAAAGUUAGGUUUAUUGGCUGUUUUGUUUUGUAGUUGCAUAUACAUAUAUUCUUAUAUUUCCGCAUAGCCUUACAAUUGUUUUGGUUAAAAAGAUUUCUACCAAGCAAUAGAAACAUAUCUUGAAAGCUUUAAAACAUGCUGCGUACGUUGCAUUGUGUUUCGCGUUUGGUCGCCCCUGGCGCUCGUUUAUUUAGCAGCAAUACCCCAGGCAGCAAUAAGCUGGUGAUUACUGAGGUUGACGAAAAAUCGGGCUAUGCUACUGUCACGUUGAAUCGUCCACCAGUAAACAGCCUAAACCUUGAAUUAUUGAAGGAAAUAUCGGUAGCGCUCGAUGAACUGCAAAAUAAUAAAUCCCGCGGAAUGAUACUGACAUCUUCAUCAAACACCGUCUUCAGUGCUGGAUUGGAUAUCAUGGAAAUGUACAAACCUAACCAAGAUCGGUUAAGGGAAUUUUGGUCGACUUUGCAAGAUGUGUGGUUCAAGCUUUACGGAUCACCGUUUCCCACAGCGGCUGCCAUUAAUGGACAUGCACCGGCCGGCGGAUGCUUAUUGUCUCUGUGCUGUGAAUAUCGAGUGAUGUGUCCAAACUAUACGAUUGGACUAAACGAAACCCAGCUAGGAAUCGUUGCUCCGACCUGGUUUCAAGCCUCGCUUCGCAAUACCGUUUCUCGGCGUGAAUCUGAGCUGGCCCUGACUCUGGGCAAGAUGUACUCAACCUAUGAGGCACUGAAAGUUGGUUUAAUUGAUGAAGUCGCAGAAAAUAAGCAAAAAGCUCUCGAACAGGCUACCAGCUUUUUGGAUCGGUUCCGUAAAAUUUCUCCUAUGGCCCGCGCCAUGACAAAGCAGGCGCUACGCAGCAAGGACAUUGUUGAAUUAGAAGACAAUCGUUCGCAGGAUAUUGAUUUGUUUGUGUAUGCCGUUAAUCAACCGGCCGUUCAAAAAGGGCUCGAGGUUUAUCUUGAAAGUCUUAAGAAAAAAUCUGCUCAAAAGUAAAAUCGUGCAUAUAGUAAUAAAUGUUCGAGACUCCACUUAGCAUUUACGAUGCAAUUUUGUGUACUGAAAGUUUGUGAAAUAUAUAUUUUAUACAGUAAACGAUUGGAAUA